UUCACCGCUGCCGCCUCCUUCUUCUGCCGCUCCUGGUGCUGCUUGUGUGCUCGUUCGGUGCGGACCUGGUACCUCUUUUGUGAAGCGGCAGCUGAGGAGACUCCGGCGCUCGCCAUGGCCGACGAAAAGCCCAAAGAAGGAGUCAAGACUGAGAACAACGAUCAUAUUAAUUUGAAGGUGGCGGGGCAGGAUGGUUCUGUGGUGCAGUUUAAGAUUAAGAGGCAUACACCACUUAGUGAACUAAUGAAAGCCUGUUGUGAACGACAGGGUUUGUCAAUGAGGCAGAUCAGAUUCCGAUUUGACGGGCAGCCAAUCAAUGAAACAGACACACCUGCACAGUUGGAAAUGGAGGAUGAAGAUACAAUUGAUGUGUUCCAGCAGCAGACAGGAGGUGUCUACUAAAAAGGGAACGUGCUACUUUACUCCAGAAUUCUGUUCCUCCAGACCAAGAAGACAUUCUCAAUUAGAAAACCGCAAUUUGGUUCCAUCACAUCCUGACUACUGCAGUAUAGUUUCUCUAUUCUUUCAUUUUCCCCUUCCCCAUUCCUUUAUUGUACAUAAAGUAACUGGUGUAUGUGCACAAGCAUAUUGCAUUUUUUUAAACUAAAUUGCCAAUGGUAUUUUGAUCGACAUCAAAUGGAGAUGGAAUGGGGAAAAAUACUGGUUCUGUGAAAAUACCCCCUUUUCUCCAUUAGUGGCAUGCUCAUCAGCUCUUAUCUUUAUAUUCCAGUAAGUUAUUUUGCUCUCACUGUUUAACAAAAAAAGAACAACAUAAAAAUUCUUGCAUACCUUGUUCGAUUGGAGAAUUUUAAUGUUUUU